ACAAGCCGCAGCAGCAGCACCUACUACUCCUUUACGUUCUUGUUGCCGCUGUGGUUAAGCUCUGACUUCACUCGGCGUGAAUCAAAUGAGAUGAGAUGAGGCGAGGCGAGGUGAACUGAGCUGACCACCGAUGCCGCCUCCGCCUCCGCCCCCCGCCGCUAUGUGGCUGCUUCAUUUUCCUAAUUUAUACGCGCUUCUCUGCUAAUGAAAAUUUACGUGGCAAGGCAACCGCAACACUUUGUCUUGAAUGGGCCUCUUGACGGGAUCCUUUCUACUCCCAUGUAAAACGUUUAAGAUAGAAACGACGCCUCCCCCAACAUGAGACAUCAAAUCGGAAAAAAUAAUAAAUUCUAUGUACUAAAUGUAAAAUUUAAAAUGGAGAAGGAGCCAGGUGAAAAGCUUUUGGACCAACAUUAUCAAUCGCAGCUGAGGAGAUAUAAAAGGACUCACAGACGUAAUGCCUGCCCCUCGGAUCAGAUUGUCAUCGCCAAAUGGUUACGGGUAUUUAGUACAGUGCCCAAGGAGCAGAAAUUGGCCAGGAAUAGUCUGAUGAUUCUCAUGUAUGGCCAUUUAAAGGAAUUUGGAUAUUUACGUGAUCCAUUUGUCGAUAUCGCAAAUUUGGAUAAGGAUUUGAAUGUCAUUCUAGACAGUUAUGCCUAUUUAACUGUGACUAAUGAAAACCUCCGUCGUCAUACAAAAAACAAUGUGGAGCCAUCGCUAGAGAGUGUGAUAAGGUAUGCCCUAAGGCAUCCAGUUAAUAACGAACUACAACCUCAAGAUGCCAGGCCAAGGAGCAAGGAUUAUUCACGUGGCAGAAAAUGGAGCAAGACGCGUACGCUACAACCUAUUGAAGAAUUAGCCGAAAUCUCAGAGAUGGAGCCAACCAGCAACCGAGAUAUAGAAAAACAUAGCAAAGACAAUACCUACAAUUCGCAUCGAUGCUAUAAAUCAGACCCAGAUCUAAAAGAGCAGCGACUCAAGCAAUUGGCGGCCCAAGAAGAGAAACUGAAAUCUGUUAGAGAUAGAAUUGAAAAUUACGAGCUAGCAAUGGAAAAUGAACUGCAGCAGCAGCAGUGCCAAUCGAGUGGAAACUAUGAAAGUGACGAGAAAAUUCCAACAACAAGUGAAAUUACAAAUUACGAAGAAAAUCCACAGUCGGGCGGUGAUGUUGCAAAUGAAGCAACUGUCGGGAUAUCUACUACCACUAGUGGGCACACAGAAAGUUCCAAUUCAUUGGAGUCCAGACCUCAGGCAGUGCGUAGCCUAAAAGUUUGUUUCGAUAAAAUGGCCGAGAUGAUAACAAGAAGCCAAACAAGUUUGCAGGAUCAGCAUCCUAAGCACCCUAAACCCCCCGAAAUGAGCGAUGCAGCAGAGAGCAAGCCUGAGGCAGAAAUAGAAACUCAGAACCAGAGGAAGACCCAGAUUCAGACACAGACUACAACCACUAGGGCAAAGGAAAGAGUAACUUCAAUACCUCUGCAAAUUGUAAUGCAUCAGGAAUGGAACUCCCAUCAAACUGAGGGACUUAAUCGUCUAAGGAAACGCAAUAGGGAGUUGCGUAAAAGUUGCCUUAAAUACUACAAUUUGGAUGGCAGUUUAAAGCAGCAGCAGCGAAGCAGCCAUUGCGAUGAGAUGAAGGGAAAACAGCGUACACAGGGAUUCCUAAUUGGUGCCCAUCGGGCUAUGAAACGUUUGCAGCGCUGGCAUGGAUUACCUCAACGAUUGGGCUUCUUUGCCACCUGUUUCGGGCUCACCGGCUUGGGUUUGGGUCAAUGGCGUUGGCGUGCCAUCGAUAGGGGAUUGGAGAGAGCGACCCACAAGUGGUAUUGCCACACACUGCAGCAUAGUCAAGAGCAUGCCUGGCGCUCCUAUCGCCGCAUUAUGCUCAAUCAGAGUCUGCCCAAAGCGGCGGAGGCAUUGAGUUUGUUAAAUCAAGUUCUUAACGGUCGUAAGGAACUAAUCCUUGAACGUAUGUCCCAUCUGCAACAGCUGAAGCAACUGUGUGCCCAGGAAUGUGCUGGCCGUGUGAAUGGUGUCCAAUUGCAGCAGAUGCUAACCCAUUUGGAGGAUAAGUAUCUUCAAUUGGCCAAGGAUUUGCAUUCGUUGGCAUGUCAACAGCAGCAGCAGCAUUAGCAGAAGGAGCACCAACUAAGACUGCAAACUUAAAUUCAAUUCAAUGGCAGUUUACUAUCGAAUUUCAAUUUCAGUUUUUGUUGUCAAGUUGUUGUUUUUGUUCUGUUUGCUACUCCCUCCCCUCUCUGUCUCACACCUUUGGGAGUAGUAGUAGUUGUUGUUGUUGUUGCUUCGCUGCUUGCUACUCAUU